GCAGGGUGAGAAUGGCUCUAUAUCUCUGCUGUCUGCUGGGAAGUGUUUCUCUUGUGUAUAGGCAGCCAUUGUGUGAGUUGAUAUGCAGUGCUUUACUGUAUUAAAUACUGCAAACUUAAUUAACUAGUUUAUAGGUUUGCUGCUGUUUGCUGAUCCUGUGUUACUGUUGUAGUAGAUGAAACUAGUACAGUAAUGUAUAGAUUUGGUAUCAGAGCAUCAAUUAUUGCAUACAACAUCACCAACUGAGCCCUCUGACACUGACCACACUGGAGAGAUCAUCUCGUUCUCUGAUGUAGGAUCAGGAGUUGGUACUAAUCCACGAGCCUGGUAUUGCUACACCAAUCCUAGGGGUGCAGUAUGGCGGGAUUCUGGUGGGAGUGAAUUGCCCAUAGUUUGCGACAGGACUGCAGUUGGGGAUGAACUGUUCAUCAGUGGUGUCGAUCCUGAUGCCGUUGUUCUGCAUCGUGGUCCCACACACUUCAGUCCUGAUGGAGAAUACUGCUGUGUGAGGGUUGAUGGUGACUCUGCACCAAGUAAAUGUGUCACCUUCACUCCCUGCCCCACACUGAGUCCACUGUCUAAUAUGACCCAACAACCAACAUGGCCAACUACACCUGUAACACUGGGUACACCACCAGUGGAGCUACUCAGAUAACUUGUAUGAGUGAUGGUACUAGCUGGUACCUGGUCUCCAUCACCAUCAGUCAUUUGUACAAUCGUCACCUGCCCUGUCCUCACCCCCCCCUACCAAUGGAAACGUGGCCUCCCUUAUAUAGCCUCAACUACCAAGGAAUUGCUACAUACAGCUGUGAUACUGGCUACGUCCUCACUGGUACUGCAUGCUGCUAGACAAUGUCUUGCUACUGCUCAGUGGUCAGGAGAGGCACCAACUUGCCCACCUGUUGACUGUGGACCUCUGACUAUUGCCAAUGGAGCAGUGCAUGGACACAUCCACUGGAACCACCUUCAUGAUGACUGCUACCUACACCUGUAACACUGGAUACAACAUUGUUGGUAGUGAGAGCAGAACUUGUGGAGCAAGUGGAACAAGUGGAGCAACUACACUAAGUGAUGGAGUUUGGAGUCCAGCUUCACCAGUUUGUGAAAUUGUCAACUGUGGUUCUCUGAGUUACCCCUCCAAUGGAGCAGUGGACACAUCCGCUGGAACCACUUACCUCCAAAGAGCUACCUACACCUGUAACCCUGGAUACACUCUGACUGGUGGAGGUAUGACCAGAACAUGUCAAGCUACUGGACUGUGGAGCUCUAGUGAACCUGCCUGUGAAUUCAUUGUCCUGUCCAUUGGAGGCACUGUCUACACUAACAACACAGCUCUGUCCUUCUCCCUCAUUGGAGAGGGCUCCUCUGCCCUCACCUGUCACACUGAGCUAUCCACCUGCUGCAGGGAACAAGACAACCCCAAUGGAGGGGCUCUCGGAGGUUGGAGAGGACCAGAUGGGAACAGUAUUCCUGAAGCAAGGAAUACUUGUUCUUCAGAAGGAUUUUAUGUCACCAGAGGCAUCAGCACUAUCAGCCUGAAUCGUCAUGGCACUGAAACUAAUGCAGGAGGUGUCUACUGCUGCACUAUUCCCAGAGCUGGUGGUGUCACUCAAUCAUUCUGUGUGGACAUGCAGUAUCCUAUACCAGCAACUGAGCCAGCAAGUACAUGUACUGAUGGACCUACAGUUGCACUGGGAGUGUUGCUAGCAGGCUCUGUUGUUGGGAAUAUUGUGUUCAUAACUUUACUCACUAUAAAGACAAAGAAACGUACACAAGCAAGGUGAGCGUGUAGGAAUCAUUUGACAACUCUAUACAGAAGUGAGCUCAGUCAUCAUGAGAUCUACAGGAAAAAACAACAACCAGUUUACGAAGCACCAGACCAGGUCACAGUGGCCUUUUAUGAAGAUAUAAGCAAGCUGGGUGUGGGUAGCCCCCCCACAGCUAUUGAGCUGAGUGAGUGUCCAGCGUACGCACCCACUGAGUCAGGGGGUGGGCAGAGGAGAGAGGAAGAUUGUAUCUAUGACAAUUAACACUCGUUAUUACCCAUUUUUAUAUCUUUGUAUUACUAGUAAGUAUGUAUAU